UUUAGUUCGAACCAUUAUGUUACGCGCAUGCCUAUUAUAAGGAAUUUAUAUUAGAUAUAAAAUAAUUAUCGCAUAAUUUAUUUAUAUAGCAAGCCAGCGCAUGACCCUAACAAUAAUAGUACUGCUGUUUUAAAAGUUUUCAACCUUAUAUAGAGCCAGCCUGAUUGAAACUCAACUUCAUUGUUUUGUAUUUGUGUCAUUUCUGUUGAUUUGGUCUCAUCAUUCCAGCAUGACCUCGGCUUCCACGAAGGUGGGCGAGAUCUUCUCGGCAGCAGGCGCUGCAUUCACCAAACUGGGCGAACUGACCAUGCAGCUGCAUCCAGUGGCAGACUCCUCUCCAGCAGGUGCCAAAUGGACCGACACAGAGAUUGAGAUGCUGCGUUCUGCAGUUCGGCGCUUUGGUGAUGAUUUGAACAGCAUCAGCUCUGUCAUAAAGGAGCGUACUGUUGCCCAAAUUAAGACCACAGUGAAAAGGAAGCUGUAUGAGGACAGCAGGGUCCCACUCUCUUCAGAGUCCCCUAAAAAAACAAUGAAGAAAACCACUGUGACGCUACCACCUCCUCCAGCAUCAGUGGCCCCCACAGUUAUCUCAGUGCCAACCUCUCAGGUUGUCGUGACAACAGGAUUGCAGAGUGCUCCGUCUUUACCACCAGCAAUUAAGAACCCUAAACCAGCAGAUGUUACUCUGAGUGCUCUGAACGACUCCGAUGUGAACAGCGAUUUGGUGGAUAUCGAGGGGCUUGGAGAGGGCUCCACAAAGAAACCAAACUUUGACCAGGAGAGCUUGAAUCUUGAUUCCAGUCUGAUAAUGAACUCCAGUGAUCUGCCCCUCCUGUCACGCUGACCCACAGCUGUCAGUCAUGUUUACAUUAAGGGCAAAAGCGCUUCAAAAGAUUAUUAAGAACAGCUCGUGAAGAAGCAGCAGUUUGAUCAUAUGCUGUUGAAAAUGCUUUUUAUGAAACUGUAAAUGUUGCUGUUGGCACCUGUUACCACUUUUCCUCUGUCGGUCUUAAGAGCACCAGACGAAACCUGAACAAGAUCACCAUCACUGAACUAUUUUCCAUUUACUGAAAUAUACUUUUACUCUAUGAAAUAACUUCCUCAGCUCUUAUGAUAUGGCAAAAAUGGAACAUAACAGUCAGAAUUUGAUGGAAAAUUUUUUUUAAUUUGAACCUAUGGAAGAAAUGAUAUGCCAAUAGUUGAGAAAAGGUUUACAGGACCAUGGUGCAGUGGUCAAACGGAUGUACUCCUGUACUUGUAAGCAUGUUUUUGUUUUGUUUUUGACAUUUAUUUUUUUUUAUUAUUUUAACAGGCCUAUUUUUAUAAAAGUAAACCUUUUUUGGUUAAAGAAAUAGUUCACCCAAAAACGAAUCAACUUGUAUGGCAUUCUUCCUUCUGUUGAACACAAAACAAAGAUUUUUAGAAGAAUGUUUCAGCUCUGUAGGUCCAUCCAAUGCAAUUGAAUGGUGGCUAGAACAUUGAAGCUCCAAAAAGCACAUAAAGGCAGCAUUAAAGUAAUCCCUAUAACUCCAGUUGUUUAAUCCAUGCCUUCUGAAGCAGUAUGAUUUGUGGUUGAGAAACAGAUCAAUUUUUAAAUCUAUUUUUACCAUAAAUUCUCCUCCCCAAGUAGGUGGCAAUAUGCACGAAGAAUGCAAAUCACCAACAAAAGAAGAAUGUAAAUGUGGAGGGUGACAGUAAAAAAAGGACUUAAAUACUGAACUGUUUCUCACCCACACCUGUCAUAUAGCUUCUAAAAAUAUAGGUUUACCACUGGAGUCUUAUGGAUUAGUUUAAUGCUGCGUUUGUGUAUUUUGGCGCUUCAAAAUUCUGGCACCCAUUCACUUGCACUUUAUGGACCUACAGAGCUGAAAUAUUCUUCUAAAAAGUUUUGUUUCUGUUCUGCUGAAGAAAGUCAUACACAUUUGGGAUGGCAUGAGGGUGAGUAAAGGAUGAGAGAAUUUUCAUUUUUCGGUAAACUGUCCCUUAGAGAUGCUGAUUGUAGGGUAAUAUGUCAACAUGCAAGCACGGAAGAAGUGUUAUUUUCUUUCACUGCCACUGUAUGUUAAGUGAGCUUUUAAUGUAUGUAUGUAGUGUAGUAAAUAGGACAAUGUGUAUAUAUAUUAUUUUUAACUGAUAGCUAUUAAACAGGUCAUUUCAACUGAAAACACAAUGUUGCAUCUGGUUCUACUUAAAUUACAAAUGUACAUUUUCGAUGGCUCACCAAAGCAUAAAAAGAAAGCGUGAA